AUGUUAAUAGUUAGCAAUUGCAUUGGUUUGGUUGAGGUUGGUGAAUCAAUUGAGCAAUGUAUUGAACUUGUCUUCAUUAAUCUGAGUUAUUGCAAGAAGCUUAAAAUUUUUCCUAAAAAUGUAGGCAUGUUGAAGAAUGUUAAAACACUAUUGCUUGAUGGUUGUAAGCUCAAUGAUUCUCAAGUCGAGGAUAGGGAUAUGGUCAUAAACAUAAGAAACUCUUCCUCCUCCUUUAUGAAUGCUAUUCCAAGUGAUUUGAAGUUGUUUACAAUUUCUUUACUGAGGUCUCUAGUAAGGUUGUCACUGAUAAGAAACUCUUCCUCCUCCUUUAUGAAUGCUACUACAAGUGAUUUGAAGUUGUUUACAAUUUCUUUACUGAGCUGCAUGAGAAACCUUUCUAGGCUUGAGAUUCUUAGUAUCGUGAAUCGUAAGAAAUUGAAGUCAGUUGAGCAUCCUCCACAUACACUAAGCAGGUUGUUCCUCUUUUCUCGUCAUGGGAGUUUUGUAAAGAAUGUUGUAUUUGAUCCGGAAAUGUCCCCACUAGAGUUAUCAUCAAACUGGUGGUUAGAUUUCACACCUGGUCCUGUGAAAUCGAAGGCAUGA